ACCUCCAACCCUCUGGUUGGGAGAUGACUGCUCUACCCACUGAACCACAGUCGCGCCGGCAACCACAGUUGCCUUUGAGAAUGCGGCUAACCCAGAGAGUAUAAAUGGGGAAGGGAGUAAGACAUUUAGCUGCAAAGCAUCAGCAGUUUGUCUGUGGACGAGGAGUUAAAGACAUAGUGGAGUCAGUGCUUUACUCCACAGAUUGGAGACUGAGGAGAAAUGUCUGGACUUCAUGAUAUGGAUUAGUUCAUGGAUAUUAAUGCCCCUCAUACAGUAUGUAUUACUCACAUGCUGUACUCAGCCUCAGUUUGUGGUCGAUAAAUGAAUCAGUUGAUCAGUCUGCCACUCUUGCUUUCAAUCAUGCACCACACUACAAUAUAUAUAAAUCAGAGCAAAAGAGAUGUAGCUCUCAACCCAUCAGGCAUUCAAAUGAUGGUAAUGCAUUUGCUGCAGAGGCUCCAUAUUGUCUUUGAGGGCAGGAAACACAAUGUGAACAGCUUAAAACACUCAUGCAUAUGAAGGCUGAAAGUCCAGCACUCGAGUCCCCCACCUCUGUCUUUCUGUUUGGGGCUCUGGAGUUUCUGAGAGAGACUUGAGAAAUAUGAGAUGAAGGAAAAGAGGAAGAGAAUAGUCUUAUAUUGUGACUGCAUGAAGAAGAGAACUGAUUUUGUUCCACAUUCAAGUGUGUGUGUUUGCACUAAAAAGAGAAGAAAGUUUUGCAAAGUAUACAGGGAGGGGAAGAAGCAUCGGUCCUCCUACUUCCUACAGUACAGCUGUGUAUGUGUUUAAAAAAGGGUGGGGGGGACAUAAAAAGAGGAAGGAAGGGUAAUAAUCUUACAUUUCACACAUGCAGUUACCUCACACGUCGAUGUAUGCAUUGUGGUGGACAGCUGUGGAGUUUCUGUCCUAGUAUAUUGGCUGAGUGACAGUGAGUGUGAAGUGUCUGUUAAUCUUGCCUUUUGCUGAAGGUGACAUCAACACACUUGCUCUUGUCAGCUUGUCUGUGUGUGUGCACCGGUGGAAUAAUGACUGGGGUUAGGAUGGCUAAGAAUGCCUUAUUGAACGGACUGCUCAACAGUCCCCCCACUAAACCUUUUCCCAUGAGACGAUGCCUCAGUGACACAUCGGACCUAUUUGCCAUGAUUGAGAGGAUGCAGGGUUGCAGAAUGGAUGAGCAAAGAUGCCCCCUCCCUCCACCCCUCAAAACAGAAGAGGACUAUAUUCCUUAUCCCAGCGUUCAUGAGGUUCUGGGUCGCAGUAGCCCAUUUCCACUCAUCCUGCUGCCCCAGUUUGGAGGUUACUGGAUUGAGGGGACCAAUCAUGAGCCUAAAGACCCACCAGAGGCUGAUCAACCUCCCUGUCCUACCUAUCACAUCAAACUGGAGACCAAUAGCACCGCUAAGAUCUACAGGAAGUAUUUCAUAGGCAAGGAACACUUUAAUUAUUACACCGUAGAUGCUGCACUGGGCCACUUGGUCUUUUCUAUGAAGUACGAUGUCAUUGGGGAUCAAGAGCAUCUGCGCUUGAUGCUUCGCACAAAGCUAAAAACCUACCAUGAUGUGAUUCCCAUUUCCUGCCUUACUGAGUUUCCCAAUGUGGUUCAGAUGGCCAAGCUUGUUUGUGAAGAUGUAAAUGUGGAUAGGUUUUACCCUGUCCUCUAUCCAAAGGCAUCGAGGCUCAUUGUCACCUUUGAUGAGCAUGUGAUCAGCAACAACUUCAAGUUUGGAGUUAUUUAUCAAAAGUUUGGCCAGACAUCAGAGGAAGAGCUGUUUGGAAACAUGGAAGAGAGCCCUGCCUUUGUCGAGUUCUUGGAGUUUCUGGGACAGAAGAUUGAGCUCCAUGAUUUUAAAGGGUUUCGGGGUGGGCUGGAUGUCACUCAUGGCCAGACGGGCACAGAAUCUGUCUACACAAGUUUCCAUAAUAAGGAGAUAAUGUUCCAUGUGUCAACCAAGCUGCCUUACACAGAGGGAGACUCACAGCAGCUGCAGAGGAAGAGGCACAUAGGCAACGACAUUGUAGCCAUCGUUUUCCAGGAGGCAAACACGCCCUUUGUACCAGACAUGAUCCAGUCUAACUUCCUGCAUGCAUAUGUGGUGGUGCAGGUGGAGAAUGCGUGCACAAACAAAGUCACCUACAAGGUAUCUGUGACAGCAAGAGACGAUGUACCUUUCUUUGGGCCUGCUCUGCCUGACCCUGCCAUUUUUAAAAAGGGCCCCGAGUUCCGUGAGUUCCUCUUCACCAAGCUCAUCAAUGCGGAAUAUGCCUGCUGCAAGGCCGAAAAGUUUGCCAAGCUGGAGGAGCGCACACGUUCAGCCCUUCUGGAAACUCUGUAUGAGGAGCUGCACAUCAACAGUCAGUCCAUGAUGGGUCUGGGUGGAGAUGAAGAUAAGAUGGAGAAUGGGAGCGGAGGAGGAGGAGGAGGAGGAGGAGGCUUCUUUGAAUCCUUUAAGCGGGUCAUCCGCAGCAGAAGCCAAUCUAUGGACGCCAUGGGCCUCAGUAACAAGAAGUCACACACAGUCUCCACUAGUCACAGUGGCAGCUUUACCCACAAUCCCGCAGAGAGCCCCAAAACCCCAGGGAUUUCAUUGCUUGUCCCAGGAAAAAGUCCCAGUAAAUUCGGACGCCGAGGCAGUGCCAUAGGGAUAGGAACAAUAGAAGAGUCACUGAUCAUCCCUGGGAAAAGCCCAACCAGGAAAAAGUCUGGGCCCUUCAGCUCCCGUCGCAGCAGUGCCAUUGGCAUUGAGAACAUCCAGGAGGUCCAAGAGAGGAGCCGGGAGGUAUCACCCAGCACCCAGAGGACACCCGACAGCAGCCACUUCGCGCAGGAAAAUAAAUCAGACAACUCCUCCAGUCACAGUUCUCCAGAAUUUCCUGUCACUAAGAACAGUCUGGCGAUGUGUUGCAGGGCGCCGUCCAUCCCCGAGGCUCAGGACCUUUCGCGCUCCUCUUCCAAUGCCAGCAGUUUUGCCAGCGUUGUUGAGGAGCAUGAGGAUGAGUGCGAAGUUGAAGAGGAGUUUGACACUGGACCGGAAAGUGUGUCUUGUGCUACACCAGUCAAGAGAGACUCAUUUGUGUACAGCUCUGGGAUGGAGGACAGUGUGUGCAGCACCGGCCAGGGGAGUUCUUCAGCAGCUUCUCGUCUUCAACAGCAACCGGAUGGAGUGAAGAUACCGGAGCCAAAAGGGACAGACAGCAGACCCAAAGCAGAGCGCCCCCCGCAGGAGCACAAAUCCUCAAUGCAUUCCCUUAAGAGGCAUCCGUUGCCAAAAAUGAGCCACAGGUAUGUGAACUUCACGACGGACGUGGAAGGGCAGCAGAGUUAGAAGCCAGAACAAGAGACGGACAGAUCUGCCCUUGUUUAUUUGGCAUCAAUCUGCUGCUUGUUGAGACAAACAUCCAGCUUCCUAGAUGUGUUCCUCUCUACCACCCUCACUGCAACACCUUGUGAAACCUCCUUCCUUGAAUGCUCAACGUAAACAAGACCUCCACACCCAUGCACCCAGCAUCACUACUGGCUGUCAUCUCUCAGCUGGCUUUGCAGAAUAAAUCUGCCCACCUGCUCAUUCUACAAGUCACUAAGCUCUGAAAUCUGCAAACACUCAAAUGUUGUGUGUUGUCUCUUAAAGAUCAGGAACUCAACAAGAUGUUAAUCUUGUGACUGGAAGAGGAAAAACUGAGGUCGAUCAAACAAUUGCUGUUUGUUUAGCUUGUCAAACUGUGGGUCUACAGAGAGGAGAGUUGCACUAGAGGGAAUGUUUUUUAAUGUCAGCUUCACAUCCCACUGUGAUAUUGUAUAAGAGUUUAACUUUGAUGUACCUGUUUGUGUGUGUGUGUGUGUGUGUGUGUGUGUGCAUUGUGGAACCUGUUAACACACUCACAUUAUGGGGACUCGGCCACAUCAAUCAAAUCAAUGAAUUUUAGGGUGGCAACAUGGUGUAAGGUUAGGUGUGAGGAUCAUGAUUAGGUGUUAGGCAUUUAGUUGUUAUGGUUAAGGUUAGGAUAAGUCUACAGGAAAUGAAUGUAAGUCAAUGUGAAGCCCCCACAAGCAACGGAAACACAGCGUGCGUGUGUGUGUCUGCCAGGUCAUGUUUUGUAUUUUAUUGACGAUCCCCUCUUCUUCCUCUGAGUAUUCUGCAGUGGAUAUUUAUUGUGUUUUUUUUGUUUUUUUUGAAUGACAGCUUCAGUAAUUUCAUCAUGUUUUUGAUGGAGGGUACUUCUGUGACGCUGUUGUUAGUAGCUAUAAAAGCAUUGUUCACCCUAGGUGGGUGAAGAAUCAAAUACCACAGAAAAUGUGUCCGUAAUUUUUACCAUCACAAUUUAGUUGUACCACAGUGAAUCCGUAGCUUAAAAAAGAUAAUAUUUCAACAUAAACACAGGCUAUAUUGAAGCAGAUGUACUGCCUCAACCAGCAACAUGCAUUGUCAGCCCAGACAUCUGCUGUUUAAACCUUUGCCACAUAGAUCUUGUUGACUUUAUGUCUGUGUACAGAUGUGUGUAUACAACAGUACUGUGGAUGGUGUAAAUCUGCUUGCCAAAAACCUCUCCUCUGUACUUUUGUGCCAUGCUUGACAUAGGUAUGUUGUCCCUGUACUUUGUGUUUUAUUGAAAACCAGCCAACAUCUCCAGAUGCAGUGCACAUUGCUGAUAGAGAGCCAAAUGCCACAAGUUCCUACUUUAUUUGUAAAAUUUAGUAUAUGUGACCUAAGCACUACAUUUUCUGAGUUAUUCCAAAUGCUGACCUUUUGAAGAACCUGAUUUUUUGCUGAAUAUGAAUUACACUGUGACCUGUCUUAAAGUUGCCUUUAUGAUUGUGUUGUGUGAGCUGCUUUGAAGCAGGGUCUUAUUUAAAGGCACUGUGCUGCCAAGCUGGCCUGAAUGUAAAACUUUGCAGACAUCUUUAUUUGUACAUAUCUGUUCCAGUGAAUGGUGAUACUAUGCGGACCCCUUACUACAGUAAACUUAAGUCUGAAACAGGAAAAAACUGAUACAAGAGAUUGUUUUAUUUCAGUAAUAUAACUGUGUCUGUAGUAAACACGACUACAUUUACAGUUUGUGAAAGUACAAAGGUUUAACACCCUGGAAAACAGCAUUUAUAUUGUAUACUGUAUUCACUAAGCUGAUAAAGCUACAAAUCCCCAGGAGCAAAGUAACAUCUUACAUUUGGCUCAACAGAAAAAUAGCACAGAAAAGCUACAGAGACAUUUUGGUAAUAAUUACGCAUCUGUAUCACAGCCUUUCAAAUUUAUUUAUGAAAAGAGAUGAUUUCAGAUGAUUUUCCUCUGCCCUUUGGAAAUGUUUGAGUGGACAAGGUGCACCCUCUUGUGGCUAUGUAUCACUAUAGCACAUCCCUUUGCAGUACCAUUCAUCCAACUGUGCUCGCACCGGCUUGCACUGUAUGCAGAUAGCCGAUCCAAACCACAGCAAAAUCGGGAGUGUGCUCAAUUCAAAUGAUUGUAUUUCUGUUCUUGUAGAAAGCCUGCUUAAGUUCUUGUUCAAAAAACUUGUUUGUAAAUACUGCUUUUCAUCUUUUUUGUAAAUGAAGCAAAUAAUUAUGUUUAAUAAAGAUCAAGAUGCAUACAAUA